AUGCGGGGAACCCUGAGAGUCCGGGCGUUGCCGCCGGGCUUUGAGAAGAAGCAGCAUGUCAACACGCGCAGUAUCGUCAUAAUCUGCUUCAUCACGCUGAGCUCGGCAGCCUACGGGUAUGCCGCGUCCAUCAUCGCCACGACGCUGACCCAGCCCUCCUUCGUCAAGCACAUGAAGCUGGACACCGCGCCUAACGCCAGCGGGCUGAUUGGCGCCAUGAACGGACUUUUCUAUGCCGGCGGCGCCUGUGGCAGCAUGUGUGCGGGAUGGGUUAGCAACAAGUACGGCAGAAAGGCCUCGGUUGCUCUUGCGAAUAUGUUACUCCUGUUCUCCGGGGCCCUGCUCACGGCCUCCGUCAACCCUGCAAUGUUCAUCGUCUUCCGUUUCUUCAGCGGCUUCGGCUGCUUCGUCAUCAUGGCCAGUGUUCCUCUAUGGAUCGCCGAGCUGGCCCAGCCCAAGGUGCGAGGCAUAUUGACCGACAUCCACGCCGUGUUCAUGAUGCUCGGAUAUGCCAUAGCCUGCUACGUCGGCCUGGGAUUCUACUUUGUGAAGGGCAGCAACCAGUGGAGGGGCCCGAUAGCGCUUCAGAUGGUCCUGCCGACCGUCAUACUCUGUGGUCUCUACUGGAUGCCAGAGUCUCCACGAUAUCUGCUUUCCAAGGGCCGCGUCGAGGAGGGCCGCGCCAUCAUCUACCGCAUGCACUACGAUCCGAGUGACCCAACAGGCGAAUUUGUCAAGAGGGAGUUCUACCAGAUGCAGAAGCAGAUUGAGCUUGACAGGACUUUUGCAACAUCCUACUGGGAAAUCUUUACCCGGCCGUCCAUGCGGAAACGGGCUCUCAUAACCAUGUUCCUCGAAUUCAGCCUGAUGAGCUCCGGCGUCUUAGUUAUCCUCAACUACGGCUCCAUAAUCUGGCGCUCGCUGGGUUUCAACACGGUGCAAAUUCUCCACUUCCAAUGCGGCUUCCAGCUGACCGGCCUCGUAUUCAACAUUCUCGCCAUGGCCUUCGUCGACCGUGUCAAGCGGCCGCACCUCAUCGCCGGCGGCUUCUUUGUUACGGCAUGCGUCAUGUCGGCGGAGACGGCACUACAGAAGUUCUACCUAAACAGCAGCGAGCGCGCGGGGCUGAUCGCUUGUACGGCCAUGAUCUUCCUCUUCCAGACGACAUACUCGCUAUUCCUCGACGGGUCCAGCUUCUUCUACGUGGCCGAGAUCUGGCCAUCGCACGUGCGCUCGCAGGGCUUUGCCAUCGCCAUGGCCACCAUGUCGUUGACCAACCUGACGUGGCUGGAGGCUGCGCCGACGGCGUUCGAGACUAUCGGCUGGCGCUACUACCUCUUCUUCAUCUGCCUCCCGGCCCUCGCCUCGGUGAUCGUCCUCCUGUUCUUUAAGGAUACGCUGCACAAGCCGCUAGAGGAGAUCGCGGGCAUCUUUGGCGACGCCGAAAUGGUCGCCGUGUACCAGCAUGAGCUCGACCUGGGCGGUAUCCCGGUUGACGCACUAGAGGCUACUGGUGAUGACCAGAAGGGGCAUAGCGGCUCGUCGGAUCGUGUGGCGAGUACCGAGGUUGUUGAGAACGCUGCUUGA